UUCUUUAGCACACCGACGAGGCGACGACUGAUCUAGUCAAGUACUCUUGUUGCAAUAUCCAAACGCGCGCGCACUUCGGCCAUGGGCGAGAUGCCGGAGGAGCACCUCGUGCGGCCGGAGCCGGCCUACCCGUGCUUCUUGAGCGACCUGCCGCCGACGCUCGACGGCGACGGUAGCUCGUUCGACGACCUGUCCCUCCCCUACAUCGCGCGGCUGCUCAUGGAGGACAACCUCGAGGACCGCUUCUUCUACAUGUACCCCGACCACCCCGCGCUCCUAAGGGCGCAGCUGCCCUUCGCCCAGAUUCUCGCCGAAGACAGCGGUAGCAGCAACGGCGGCGGCGCCGGCAACUCUGACUCGCCGUCCUGUUCCGACGCCACUGCGCCGGCUUUGAGCGGCAGCGGCGCCGCCGGAGACAUCCACGGCGGGUCGGCGUUCUUGGAUGUCCAGCAGGAUCAGUCCAAGAUCGUCGCCUUUCCUUCCCAGACCACCUCUGGUUUCUUCAAAUGCUUGUUGCCCGCCGACCAGGAGAUGCUCAACCUGGCGUUCCUCAAAGGCAUGGAGGAGGCCAAGAAGUUCUUGCCGAGCAACGGUAGCUUCGCCGUGGAGAGCGAGGAGGCGGUGGACCGAGUGCUCGCGGGAGGCCGCAGGAAGAGCAGGUAUGACGGGGAAGCGGAGGUGGGCAGGGCCAGCAAACUGAUGAUGCCGGAGCUGGAGGAGGAUGGUGCGCGCGACCUGCUCGACCAAAUGAUGUUCCAGGAAGACGGGAUAUGCAUGAAGGGGCUAGCAAACGACCUACCGCACACCGCCAUAGGCAAGAAGAAGAAGAGCGGGAACAAGAAGAAGAAGGCGCAGCGGCGAAGCGGUGACAGUGACGAGAUGGUGGACCUGCAGACGCUGCUGCUGCGCUGCGCGCAGGCGGUGUCCAACGACGACCGCCGGAGCACGACGGAGCUGCUGAAGCAGAUCAAGGCGGCCUCGUCCCCGAAAGGCGACGCGGCGCAGAGGCUGGCGCACUACUUCGUCGAGGGGCUGGAGGCGCGGCUGGCGGGCACGGGAAGCCAGCUGUACCAGUCGCUGGUGGCGAGACCUAUCAUGGUGGUCGACUUCCUCAAGGCCCAGCACCUUUUCAUGUCCGCUUGCUGCUGCAAGAGGGUGGCAUACACCUUCGCCAACAAGACCAUCUACGACGCGGCGGCGGGCAAGAGCCGGCUGCACAUCGUGGACUACGGCCUGAACUACGGGGUCCAGUGGCCGGGCUUGCUGCGCGCGCUGGCGGCCAGGGAAGGCGGGCCGCCGGAGGUGAGGAUCACCGGCAUCGACCUCCCGCAGCCUGGGUUCCACGGAGACUACCACAUACACGCGACAGGCCGCAGGCUCAGCAGCUGCGCCCGCAUGCUCGGGGUGCCGUUCAAGUUCCGCGGCAUUGGAGCCAAGCGAGAGACGAUAAAGGUCGAGGACCUGGACAUUGACCGAGGUGAGGUGCUCAUCGUGAUCAGCCUCUGCCAUUUCAGGAACCUGAUGGAUGAGCAAGACCUCGGCUUCGCCGGCCCGAACCCCAGGGACCAGGUCCUCAGCAACAUCAGGGAGAUGCGGCCGGACAUGUUCAUCCACGGCAUUCUCAAUGGCUCCUACGGCGCUACCUACUUCCCGACGCGGUUCAGGGAGGCGUUGUUCCACUACUCGGCGCAGUUCGACCUGCUGGAUGCGACGGUGCCGAGGGAGAGCAACGAGCGGAUGCUGCUGGAGCGAGACCUCUUCGGGCGGUCCAUCCUGAACGUCGUCGCCUGUGAGGGCGCCGACCGGGUGGAGCGGCCGGAGAUAUACAAGCAGUGGCAGCUGCGGAACCACCGGGCAGGGCUGAGGCAGCUGCCGCUGGUUCCAGAGGUUGUUCAGCUCGUGCUGGAUAAAGUCAAGGACAACUACCACAAGAACUUCGUUGUGGAUGCUGAUCAGCGGUGGUUGGUGCACAGAUGGAAGGGCCGGGUGCUCUACGCAUGGUCAACAUGGGUUGCAGAUGAUGUUGCCUCAGACUCUUAGCAUCUUUUCCCUUAUACUAACUGACGUUGAUAUGUGAUGUUUCCUUCGAAAAUCACUUUUCCUCGCAUUAUAUUUAAGCUGCGUGGUUUCAAUAAAAUUCAAUCAUGAACGCCA